AUCAGUAUGGCUGCAAACCUAUUAGUGUAAAGAUGUUCAUUCUGUGUUACUUUUAAAUGUUAAAAGUAAAUUAUUGUUUUUCCCCCCAUUUGGAAAAUCCUACAUAGUUUUCACUGGAACAUACUAAAAGAAGUGUGUGUGCUUAGUAUAAGCUGAAUUGAAUGGUUUUGAGGAGGCUUUAUGGAAAAAAACUGCAAUAUAUAUUUAAUUACGCGCCUAUUGUAUUGUCUAAGAUAUUUUUGCGAUAUAGCGGCACGAACACGCUCUUCAUGUGCAAUGGUAUAAUUUUGCAAUCUAUUGAAAAGAUGGCAUAAAUAAUUUACAUUUUGGGCUAAAUAUUCCUACAAAAUUUUGCCCAUAAAUCAGCUAGUAGCAAAGACGAAGAAAAAGAAGAAAGAAAAAUUAAGAAAAACUAAAGCAAGAGCUUGAGCAGAAGAAAUAUUCUGUAACAAAGAUGAAUGUAAAGAUUUUCCGGCGUGGUUCAGCACGAUGUAUUGGAUUACUGUCGGCACUAGUUACGAUACUUCUUUGUCUCUACUACAUCUCAAUGGGCCAACCACUGUCCUCGAGAGAUCGUGGCGGAAGUGACAAAAGAACUGUCCAUACAAAUGAAAAAUUAAAUGCCCCAAACGGCACUUGGAACAAUUGGUUGGAUCUCAAUCGACAAGAAUCGCGAAAGAAGUUCAUUGGGAAUUUGAUACAGUCAAAAAAUAUCUCAAAUUCAAUAGACGAUGGUAGAUUUUCCAUUCUUAAGAUCAAUGAAGAUUGGACUAAGUGCACCAAACUUACUGAAAGAGAAACGGAUAUUACGACACUUGAGGAAUACUCAAAAUUUGAAUUCCAGCCGGAAUGGAUGAAGAGCAAAGAGUACUGGGACAAGACCUUUGAGGCACGUUACGAAGAAAUUCGCAAAAAUCCAGAGCGUCCCCCACUUAAAGUAAUUAUAGUACCACAUUCACACAAUGAUCCUGGAUGGCUUCGUACAUACAUCAACUAUUUCGAAAUGGACUCUCGACAGAUACUCAAUUUAAUUGUGGCCAAACUCCAAGAAUACAGUGACAUGACAUUCAUCUGGUCGGAAAUUUGUAUUUUGCAACUUUGGUGGGAUCAAGCACAUCCCCAGAAGCAAAGGGCACUCAAACAACUUGUGCAGUCGGGAAGACUUGAAAUAACCACCGGUGGCUGGGUAAUGACGGAUGAAGCCAAUGUCCAUAUUUAUGCUAUGGUUGACCAAUUGAUUGAGGGUCAUCAAUGGGUGAAGAAUCACCUAAAUGUCACCCCGAGUGUUGGUUGGUCAAUUGAUCCCUUUGGUCAUGGCAGCACUGUGCCCUUUCUGCUGUCCUCAAGUGACUUCGAUGGGACGAUCAUCCAGAGGAUUCACUAUGCCUGGAAGCAAUGGUUUGCCAAGCAUCAAUCGAGUGAUUUCCUGUGGAAGCCUCAAUGGCAGGAACGUGGAAAAGAUACUGAUCUCCUCACUCACAAUAUGCCCUUUGACAUCUACUCAAUCAAACAUUCCUGUGGUCCUCAUCCCUUCAUCUGUCUCAAUUUCGACUUCCGAAAGAUCCCCGGAGAGUACACAGAAUACUCAAUAAAGGCCCAGUUUAUAACGAAUGAAAAUAUCGCCGCCAAAGCUGAUCUCCUGAUCGAACAAUAUGCCAGAACUGCAUCCCUCUUUCCUCACAACGUUGCCCUAAUUCCAAUCGGAGAUGACUUCCGGUACAACAAAGAACGGGAAUUUGAGCAACAGUACAUCAACUACAAGAAACUCGUAGACUACAUCAAUGACCACAAGGAGAAGUACGAAAAUACUGAGAUAUCCUUCGGAACUCCUGCUGACUACUUCCGGGCUGUGAAGAAGCGUCAACAGAAAUUCCCAAGCCUCAAAGGUGACUUCUUCGUCUACUCAGACAUCUUCACGGAAGGACGACCAGCCUACUGGAGUGGAUACUACACCACGAGACCCUCGUACAAAAUCCUAAGUCGGGAUCUUGAGCACAAUCUCAGAUCUCUGGAAAUACUCUUCACGAUUGCCUUCAACCGAGCCCGCCAAAACAACAACUACGAUGCCCUGCGCAUCUUCGAGAAGAACUACGAGAAAAUCAUCCAUGCCAGGAGGAAUCUAGGACUAUUUCAGCAUCAUGACGCCAUCACAGGUACUUCCAAGGCCAAUGUGAUGAGAGACUACGGCACACGAAUCUUCACUAGCAUCCAGGACUCGACAAAACUCCAGCAAUCAACGAUUGAGAUGCUCCUGCAGAAGGAGGAUCAUCACACAGAACACGGAUUCAUUCUCAGUGAAUUGGAGAGAGACAGUUUCAAUAAGAUUCCCCGGAAGACACCCAUCAAUGUCACCCAGAAUAAAUCAGUAGAAUUUGUCGUGUACAAUUCUCUGCUUCAGGAACGUCUGGAGGUUGUUCUCCUCCGGACCCUGAACCCAAAUAUCAGAGUAUUGAACAGUGAGAAACAGGAGAUGGAAAUACAAAUUAAUCCAGUUUGGAAUAUAACGGAGCGAGCUGAUUCACUGACCAGUAUGUAUGCAAAUGGGAAUGUUGCCAACAGGAUAACUAUCUCUGAACACGAAUACGAAAUAAUGUUCGUAACAAAACUUCCGGCAUUAUCCCUUACAACGUUCACCGUGGAGCAUGUUGGAGAUUCUCGCAAUCGAAUGGCUACAAUCUACUGCAAUGAAUGUCACAACGACAAUCACAAAGACUUUGAUGUGAGGAAUAAGCUACCAGGAGACGUUCAACUGGAGAAUCAGAAGAUGCGUCUCCUGUUUGACGAACACAGUGGCUUCCUCAAGACUGUCACAAUGAAGAACAUGGGAAAACCCAUUCAGUGUGCCAUUAAUUUUGGUGCCUAUCGCAGUGCUCAAUUUCAUUCCGGAGCCUACCUCUUCAAGACCGAUCCUGACCAUGCUAAUGCUGAGAAGGACGUUCUCGAUCAAUACACAGACAUUAAGAUCCUUAUAACAUCGGGGCCUAUUGCCAGCGAUGUAACUGUGAUCUAUGGACCGUUCCUGGCUCACACCGUGAGGAUUUACAAUACAAAAACUGACCUGGAUCAGGCGGUUUACAUCGAGAAUGACGUGGACUUUGAGCCACCGCCGAAGAAUCGAGAGACUGAGUUAUUUAUGAGAUUGGUCACAGACAUCGAGAAUGGGGACAUUCCCGAAUUCUAUUCAGACUUAAAUGGUUUUCAGUUCCAGAAACGCGUAAAAGUCAGCCAAAUUGGCAUUGAGGGAAAUUACUUUCCCAUCACAACGGCAGCUUUUAUCCAAGAUGACAGACUUAGACUUACCUUGUUGACCAAUCAUGCCCAGGGAAGUGCUAGUCUCGAACCUGGGCAGUUGGAAGUGAUGCUGGAUCGACGAACCCUCUACGAUGACUACCGUGGAAUGGGAGAGGGAGUUGUGGACAGUAGGUUGACGCGUCAUCGAUUCUGGCUGCUGCUGGAGACAAAAUCCAGCAUUCAAGCCACAUCGAGUGAUCCUGAACCUGCGAAAGACAAGAAAGACCAUCAGGAGCAAGCGUACUCCGUCCUAAGUCUCUUCGGGAAUCACUUGAGCAAUGGCUUGAACUAUCCGGCCAAUAUCUACUUUGUGGAGCGAGAUGAUGACGUUCCGGUAAAAAUAAACCGAGCAGUCACACUCCUGCGACACUCUUUCCCAUGUGAUUUCCACCUUCUCACCCUGAGAACUCAAACGGAAGUGAAUCUUCCGCUUUUCCCAUCGAAAAAUGCCCUGUUGGUUAUCCAACGGCAAGGAUAUGAUUGCCAUCUGUCCAAAAUUGACAACAAUUGCACCAAAUUUCGCGGCCUGGAGAAGCAACUCUUCCAGGAAGUACUCAUCCAGAACAUCACCCAAUCCAGUCUCACUGGACUGCAUGAGAAGGUGAAGGUGGAAAAGAUAAGUGAUAUGUCUAUUGAACCAAUGGAAGUUAGGACUUUUGUUUUAAGAUUCUAAUUAGGACAAUUUUUAUUUUAUUUAAAAAUAGCAAUUUUUUUAGCAGAGAAUUUGGGGUUAUGUGUCAAUGUUUUAUUUUUAAUGGGGAAUCACGAUAGGAAAUUUUAUUUUUUUUUAAAUUAGGUUUUACUUGUUCACUGUUGUUUUGUUUUAAAAGCUCAAUUUCCUUACGUUUUUUUUUUGAGAUCUCAAACUAAUACCCCAUGACAUGAUUAUUUCAAAGUUUGAGGUUAUGUAGGGGUCUUAACCUUAAAAAAUUAGAAUGAUAAUGGUUUAUUGUUGGUCAAAUACACAAUUUCACAAUCCUGAAAUACAAUAACCUAAAAUCAUAAUUGAAAUUUGAGGUUAUGUCAUAAUAGUAACCUCAAAAAUAUUCAAGUAAAAGCUAUUCACUGGGAUUCAAGACUCGAUUUCAUAUUUAUCUGUUGAUUGAAAACGUAAUUUGUAUUUCAAAUUCAUUAAACUCUAGCCUGAAAGACCUAGCCGCAGAUUGAGGUUAUGUGAUGAUUCUACCCUGCGACUCUGGCGAUUGUCCGACUCUGGCACUUUCGAGGCAGAAGAUAUUAGGAAGGAGGGUGAUUGAUUUGGAUGACUUAAGCAUUGUUAAUGUAAAGAACAUCUUAUCAUUUACCAAGGAAAAUAAAUUGUAAUAAAAUGGAUCAGACGGAAGACGGAAUUAUGGAAAAUGGGGGGCACAAAAGGCUCUUUUAAGCUUAGUUGUCCAAUGCCAGUCGGAAAGCCCAACAAUCUACAAUUUACAAAUGCAUUAAACUCUAACCAGAAAGACCUAGUUACAGUUUGAGGUUAUGUGAUGAUCCUAACCUCAAAAAUAUUGAAACUAAAGUCACAGAUUGCUAGCCAAAAUAAGAUUUUACAAUUUUUCUGUUACUUUGAAACACUGCAUUGUUUUUCUUUCUUAAAUGCAUCAAAGUCUAACCUAAAAAACAUAACCAAAAAGACGCCAUUUAUAUCGAAACUUACCUAAUAUGUUUUCGAAUAAUUUAGGUUAAGCUUCGUUCUGCAAAUUAAACUUUUUCACGGUCUUGUUUUCUUUAUUUACCUUCGAAACAGAUUAUUUUGCAACGUUAGAUUAUGCAGAAGCUAACCUAAAAAAGUCUGAAUGCAUUUUAUGAGUUCAGCUCUCGGUUAGUAGGUUAUUUGCCUUGCCUUUUUUGUGGAUUUGAAUUUGCUUGACAAUCCUUUUACAAAAUUCACGAAUAACCUUUUGGAUGAAAUUUGCAUUUAGACAAAAUAGUUGGGAGUUUUUGAGGUUAGAAUUCGGGUUAUAUAACAAUUUUGACAAUGCAAAAAAUAUGCUAAAGUCAACAGAAAUACACAAAAUCAUACUUUUUUAUCUCUCAAGGGAUACAAACUGAGAUUUGAGUAAUUUCAAACGCCCUGAAAUUAAUUUUCUCUGACCAAGGGUGAGCAAGAACCGUUGGAAACCGAAUAAACGUCAAAAUAAGUUUGUUCAGGUGGCGCUUUAACCAUCGACGGACAAUUUUAAUAUAAUAUUUGUUCAGUUUAAAACGGUUCAUGUUCAAGUCUGCCCUAGACACACUUACGACUUAAGCCGAGAGACGGCUUAACGUUAUUGUGAUCAAAAUAAUGAUCAGAUGACAUUUCCAUCAGUUUCUGAUUAAUCCGUCUGUAAGGUUUGAGCCGAAAAACGGCUUAGUUAUUGGGAAACCGAUGGUAAUUUAGUCAAAUCAUUGUUUUGAUUAUAAUUACGUUAAGCCGUCUCUCGAUUUAAAUCGUAGGCAAACAGAUUAAUUUCGAAAAAAAUGAGGUUAUGCUAAAAUAAAUCUUAGAACUCUGAGGGAAUAUUUUGUGUAGAACAAUCUCAUCAACUACGGAGUUUUUUGAUAAAUGACUCUUUUGAGGUUAGGUGCAACAUAACAUCAAAAUCUGCAAUAACCUCUUCACUAAAUAAGAGAUUUGGUCUAAAUGGUUGGAAGAUCCGCAAUCUUUCUCUUAUUUUUUGAAUAGAAUACGCCAGAAAUGUUUUAAACAGCCAACGUCUGUUCUUAAGGUUAGAAUUUGAUCCAGUUUUUAAAGAGUUCUUGAAUAGUUUUAUCUUUUUUACUGUGAAUAAAUUAGUUAUCAAAAUUACUGUCGCCAUAUUAGAAGAUUCUACCACAUUUAAUAUAGACUUGAAUUUUUUUAGGUUACAUUAAACAUAACCUAUUUUGGGCAAAUAAUAAAGUGAACAACAAUUAUUCAGUAUGACUUAACCUCUUUAAAAAUUAUUGGCAGCCUUUCAGUAGUGAGACUUCAAAAUUUCUCCUGUGGAAGUAAAUUUUCUUAAAGUAAAACACGCUAAUUUGAGGUUAUGAUAAAAAGGAAUUUGUAAUUGAAAACAUAACCAAACAUUUAAUAUUUUAGGUUAUUUUUUAAUUUAUUAACAAAAUUCUAAAACUAGAAAGGAAAUCUUCCAGAAGGAGAAGUUUUUCUUUUUGCUAACUUCAAAUAAAUUUUUCUAGGUUAUGUUAUUUCUAGCAACAUAACCUUUUUGACUUAACCUUUAGUCAAUAUUCGAAAAUUUAUUCACAAAAUGAGGCUGAUGGUUUUUCUUUGUUUUGAUAAAUUUUUAAAGGUGAUUUUUGAGUGAUUUUGAAAGAAGUGGAAAAUGAUAACAUUUAUUUUAAAUUGUUCAGAUAUGUAAAAAAUUAUAUAUAAAAAAUAUAAACAAAUGAAUGUAUUUAGGAAGAAGGUGAAGUUAGGCACAUUACUGGGAUGUUGUAAUUAGAAAAUUUAAAAAAAAUAGUUCCGAAAUUCAGAUGAGAUUAAUUAAAAAAUAAAUAAAUUGACAAGAGAUAUCAAUAGAUCUUGCGAGCAAAAUACACUGAUCCUGAAGAUAUUCAACAAAUUCAAAGUAUUACACAUAGAUUUAAUUUUUUUUAAAGAAUGAAUGUGCAGGUAUAGUGUUUAUAAAACUAUUAAAUAUUAAAAAAAGAAAAUAGAGAACAAAAUGUAGAAAAUGUAGAGGGGAAAAAAACAAACAUGACAAAUGUAGUUAAAAUAUUUAAAGAGUAUUAUAAUUUUAUCACGUUUAGUAAUAGACUUUUAGAGAGAAAAGAAAUUAAGUAUAAGGUCACGUUUAACUGAGUUCUUUUGGCUUUAAUUAACCUAAAAUUUGAGUUGUAGAGUUAGUGAUUUUUUUGAAGAGCACGUCCAAUAUUUUUAUUAAAAGGUCAAACUAAGGUCAAAUUAUGCAGCUAGAAACAAAGGCUUGUUUAUUAAAUUUUACGUGGCAGCUAUUUAGUUUAUUAUUUAAAAAAAAAACAAAAAUAAAAAAAAAAUCCUUAUUUAGUCCUGCACUUUCGAUUUUGAACUUUCAUUCUGAGUGAAUUCCAAAUAUUUUUUUUUUAAUUAGAAUAUUUCCAAAAAAUACUAAAGAUUAUUGUCUAUUUGUAAAUAAUUUUUGCAUUUUUAAGAAAUAAAUACCUACUUUUAUUACCUGAA